AUGGCGUCCGAUGCUACUGCAAAACAAUCAUCGAUCACAGUAUCAGUGCGUGUUCGACCGUUUACAGAAGAUGAAGAGAAGAGAUUGGUUGUUAUGGAAGAUGCACCAUUAUUUGCCAGUGAUGGGCAGUUGCUGCAGCCAGGAAGUUCGAGCCCAAAAUCAAUCACCGUGAGAUCUUCAUCGCUACGAAAAAUUGUCAAUGUUGUAGAUGAUAAAAUGCUAAUAUUUGAUCCUCCAGAUACGAGUCCUCUUGUGUCUAUGCAAAGGAAGUUGUUCCCGAACCCCAGGCUUAGAACCAAGAUUCGAGAUUGUCGUUUCGUGUUUGACAGACUCUUCGAUGAUGAUGCAACUCAACAGCAGGUGUAUGAAAAUACAACGAAGCCCCUUCUAGAUAGUAUCAUCGAUGGAUACAAUGCCACGGUCUUUGCAUAUGGAGCUACUGGAUGUGGGAAAACUCACACAAUUCUGGGAACACCACAGGAUCCAGGAGUCAUUUUUUUGACACUCAAAGAAUUGUAUGAGAGAAUAGACAGACUCAGCGAUGAGCGGAAAUUUGAUGUGUCGGUUUCGUUCCUCGAGAUUUACAACGAGACCAUCCGGGACCUUUUGAGUCCAGAUACUCCUUCAAAAACACUCAAUCUUCGCGAAGACUCGAAAAACAAAAUAACAGUAUCUAAUCUUCUGACCCACACUCCAACUGAUAUCGAAGAGAUUAAGCAACUAAUAGUGGUUGGUAAUCGCAACAGGACUUCUUCUCCUACUGAAGCUAAUUCAGCCUCUUCAAGAUCACACGCUGUUCUACAAAUAAAUGUUGCACUGACGCACAGGACUGCCAGUCUUAGAGAAGAGCAUCUUUUUGCCACUUUAUCCAUCAUAGACCUUGCUGGUAGCGAGCGAGCCGCAAAUACUAAGAACAGGGGCGCCACACUUCACGAGGGUGCAAAUAUCAACAAGUCUCUACUUGCGCUUGGAAACUGUAUAAAUUCUCUUUGCGAUCCGAGGCGAAAGAAUCAUGUGCCCUACCGAGACCUGAAGUUGACAAGACUACUUAAGUUUUCUUUGGGAGGAAAUUGCAAGACGGUCAUGAUAGUUUGCAUUUCCCCACUGUCUCAACACUAUGACGAGACCUUUAAUACACUUAAGUAUGCGGAUAGAGUCAAGCAAAUCAAAACCAAGGUCAUUCGCAAUCGGCAAAAUCUUGAUAGACAUGUGGGCUCAUACCUCAAAAUGAUCACAGAACAAAAGCAAGAAAUAGACGAACUCCGGUCUCGGGAAGCACAAAAGAUAGAAGCUACAAAACAAAGAUCUUCACUAGAGACUCGAGCCUGCCUUGAUGCAAUUCUGCAACAAAUCGAAUCAUUAAAAAUGAUCGUUGACAAACACGUUUCCGAGAAGUGGAAGAAGUACUAUGUUCUUGCUAAGAGAAAAUUACUUCUUUUAGAUCUCAAUAACCUAGAGACGAUCCAUACUGUCUUGAACCAACAUAGCAGGCCUAUCGCCGACGGAGCUCUGUCAUCAAUUAGAACGUGUCUCUUGCAAAUUGAGCUUUUAAGAGCCAAAUUUAAUGAGCAGAUUGUUCAUCUAGAGAGAUUGUAUGAUUCUUCAAGUGAGAUUGAGGACGCUUUACAUAAGUCAAAGGAGCACACCCAUGUGAGAUUACAGGAACUAGAAGGGUGGAAUGAAAGUUAUGAUUCUAUUUUCAAUGUGAUGUUUGGAGCUGUCGAAGACUACUUACAGAAUGAUCUACUUCUCAAUUCAUCUAUUUUGUUUGACUUUUUGGUCGGAAAACUAAACAAAUUCAAUUUUCUACAGCAUGUUUUCUGUCAAAUCUCCGAAAUUCAAUUAACAGCUUGUGACUACAGCAAAGAGCUUGAUAAGAUAUUUCACCAGGUGACACUUGUUCUUGAGCUGAUGAAUAAUUCGGAGUAUGAUGUGACGAUAGAAAAGAUUGUAUCUUCGUUCAUGACAACUAAAUUCAAGUCUAGCAAUGACGAGAUGUUGGAAGUCAAUGAGGGGAAAGCCCUCACGAACGUGAAAGCACAUGAUAAAAGAGCCAGUUCAUCUCCCUUGAAGAACUCCCCAGCAUGUAAACGAACAAUUCGCCCGAUGCUAGAAAAAAUGAACUACUCAAACAUCACACUCGAUAUGGAUCUAAGCUCUGAUUUAUCCACAUUGAACAAAGAGGAUGAUUCUCCGAUCACUGAUCGUAUAGACCGCUCAUUUAUAGAGGUGGGAGACCUAUCUUUUGAACCUGCACUAGAAUCGCCGCCAUUAUCGCAUGUCCACGACUCUUUAGACUUCAAAAAGCCCAAACUUCUAUCGUCCGAUAAGCUAAUGAAGACAGACUUCUUCUCUCGGGAAAAUCAUUACACCAGAAUCCCACUACUCAACAAAGAAGCGAGCAAUAAAAUCCUUGCAAAAUCCCCGGAUAGCCCCUCAAAAAUUAGUUCCAGUCCAAAAUUUGACCUCAGCGUAUUGGAUAUGCCAUCUGACAUGUGA